AUGGCCGAGGGUAGUGGGGAAGUAGUCGCAAUGUCUCCGUCCGUGGCUGCCAACGGCCUUAACAAUGGGGCCAGCGGGACCUCGGUGCAAACCAACAAUCCGUUGUCGCGGAAGCUGCAUAAGAUUCUGGAGACACGGCUGGACAACGACAAGGAGAUGUUGGAAGCUCUCAAGGCACUUUCAGCCUUUUUUGUUGAAAAUAGCUUACGAACUCGAAGAAAUUUACGUGGAGAUAUUGAACGCAGAAGUUUAGCCAUCAAUGAAGAAUUUGUAAGCAUUUUCAAGGAAGUGAAAGAGGCUGCAAAGGAACAAACUCAGGAUUUAAUAAUAAAAACUACUAAGCUUCAAGCCGAAAGUCAAAGAUUAGAAAUAAGAGCGCAAGUUGCAGAUGCCUUCUUAGCCAAGUUCCAGUUAACUCCUGAUGAAAUGAGUCUUCUCCGAGGUACAAGAGAAGGACCUAUUACUGAGGAUUUUUUCAAAGCACUGGGAAGAGUAAAACAGAUUCAUAAUGACGUCAAAGUUCUCUUGCGUACAAACCAACAGACGGCAGGUUUAGAAAUUAUGGAACAGAUGGCCUUGCUUCAAGAAACAUCUUAUGAAAGACUUUACCGAUGGGCUCAAAGUGAAUGCAGAACAUUGACACAAGAAUCAUGUGACAUAUCUCCAGUGUUAACUCAGGCAAUGGAAGCCCUGCAGGAUCGACCUGUCUUAUACAAGUAUACAUUAGAUGAAUUUGGAACAGCCAGAAGAAGUACAGUUGUCCGUGGAUUUAUUGAUGCUCUUACAAGAGGGGGGCCAGGAGGUACACCUAGACCUAUUGAAAUGCACUCCCAUGACCCUUUGAGGUAUGUUGGAGAUAUGUUAGCUUGGCUCCAUCAAGCUACUGCUUCUGAAAAGGAACAUCUUGAAGCUCUUUUAAAGCAUGUAACGACACAAGGUAUUGAAGAAAAUAUUCAAGAAGUUGUUGGCCAUAUCACUGAGGGUGUGUGUAGGCCUCUAAAGGUUCGAAUUGAGCAAGUAAUAGUUGCUGAACCUGGGGCAGUUUUAUUAUACAAAAUUUCUAAUCUCCUCAAAUUUUACCACCAUACAAUUAGUGGCAUUGUUGGAAAUAGUGCAACCACCUUGCUGACUACCAUUGAAGAAAUGCAUUUGCUAAGCAAAAAAAUAUUCUUCAAUAGCUUGAGUCUUCAUGCAAGUAAAUUAAUGGACAAGGUUGAACUCCCUCCACCUGACCUUGGACCAAGUUCUGCUCUGAAUCAGACACUCACAUUGUUGCGUGAAGUUUUGGCAUCUCAUGAUUCUUCAGUUGUUCCAUUAGAUGCUCGCCAAGCUGAUUUUGUUCAGGUUUUAUCAUGUGUCUUAGAUCCUCUCCUCCAGAUGUGUACUGUAUCAGCCAGCAAUUUAGGCACAGCUGACAUGGCUACUUUCAUGGUCAAUUCACUGUAUAUGAUGAAGACAACAUUAGCUUUGUUUGAAUUCACUGAUAGACGUCUUGAAAUGCUACAGUUUCAGAUUGAAGCACAUUUGGACACACUUAUAAAUGAACAAGCUUCUUAUGUUUUAACUAGAGCAGGCUUAAGUUACAUCUAUAAUACUGUACAGCAACAUAAACCUGAGCAGGGCUCUUUAGCUAAUUUGCCCAAUCUUGAUUCUGUGGCACUGAAGACUGCAAUGGUUCAAUUUGAUCGUUAUCUGGCAGCCCCAGACAAUCUAUUAAUGCCACAGCUGAAUUUUCUUCUAAGUGCCACAGUGAAAGAGCAGAUCAUAAAGCAGUCUACAGAACUAGUCUGCAGAGCCUACAGUGAAGUGUAUGCAGCUGUGAUGAAUCCAGUCAAUGAAUACAAAGAUCCAGGGAACAUUCUACAUCGAUCCCCACAGCAAGUGCAGACACUGCUCUCCUGA